AUGCCUUCACCAACUCGCUCAUCGCACCGAACUGCCUCUCCAUCUGCGCAAAGCUCAAGCCGCCAUCACCGCAGCCGCCACAGCCAUUCGCACCGCCACCGGCCCCGAGAGAGCUCACGCUCGCGCUCGCGCUCUCCGCACCGAUCAGAUAGACACAGAUCAGACCGUCACCACCGCCAUAGCGAAGACAAAGACCGCAGACACCACGAGCGACGACACCGAGAUGCGCCAGCGAAACCGGUGGUGCUUCCUUACCAAGCGCGCGAGCUCUCAGGGCGCGACCUGAAGAUUUACGAGCCCAUGUUUGGCAUGUACUUGGAUAUCCAGAAAGGAAAAUAUAUUGAAGACAUGAGCGAAGAUGAGGUGAGAGGGCGGUGGAAGAGCUUCACACAAAAAUGGAACCGCGGAGAGCUCGCGGAGGGAUGGUAUGACCCAGUUACACUUGACAAGGCACGCAAAAAUGCAGAACAAGAACUAGAAGCUGGCCCGAGAGGUGGGCGUGAAUCCCCUGAUUAUACGCGGGGCGAGCGAGCGGCUGCUCAGCCCACACAGAACCCGCCAGUAGACGAUGACGACGAUGAUGAUGAGGACGAUGAGUACGGGCCUACUCUGCCGCAGACUGGCCCAGGGAGAGGUGGCCCCCGCUCCGGCCCUGCAAUCCCGACUAUGCAAGACCUUGAGCUUAAAAGAGAAUCUGCUAUUGAGGAUGCCAUCGCUGCCCGCGGUGAAUCACGCGAUCAAUACCGCGCUGAAAUCCGUUCGCAUAAAUCUGCAAUGCGUCAACUCGAAGAUGAGAUCGCGCCGCGGGCUGAGGCAGGCACACGGGAGAGACAGCUUGAGAAAAAGCGAGAAAUCGCUUCGAGCAACCGUGCGUUCGCAGAUUCUAUGCGCGGUGCUUCGCCCGAGGCAGCUCGGGAUGAAGAUUUAAUGGGCGGGGACGACGAUUUUUCUGCCUUGAAACGGGAGAAGGAGAAGGACCAGCGUAAGAAGAACGAUCGUGAGAUCCGGAGAGAGGAGAUUCUUCGUGCGCGUACAGCAGAGCGAGAAGAACGUGCACAGGCAUAUCGACAGAAGGAGCAAGAGACUAUGGGCUUCUUGAAAGCUCUAGCGAAGCAGCGAUUUGGCUGA